AUGUCUCUCCCUACGUCUCACGCGAUUUCGUCGUCCAGGCUCCACAGCUUGCCAUCCCUCCAGCCAUUUUUCGCAUCUGCUAAGUCCUCCUCACCCGCCUGCUUCCAAAAAAGCAUCGUCACCGCGCCAUCACGCAUCGGAUGCUUCCAGAAGCCUUCGCCAUCAGCGGGUAAAUGCAAUCCUGGGAGCAGCAGCGUUAGCAGGCAGCGGCGACGGGUGGGAGGGAGAGGUGUGGUUGCAGCCAGUCCGCCUACGGAGGACGUGGAGGUGCGGACCGAGCCGUUGACUAAGGAAGACCUGGUCAACUACCUGCGAUCCGGCUGCAAGCCCAAGGACAAGUGGAGGAUCGGCACGGAGCAUGAGAAGUUCGGGUUUGAUCAGAAGACGCUCCAGCCAAUGACGUACGAGCAAAUCGCGACGCUGCUGGAGCACAUCGCGGAUCGGUUCUCGUGGGACAAGAUCAUGGAGGGCGACAGAAUCAUUGGCCUGCGAUCGAACGGGCAGAGCGUGACGCUGGAGCCCGGAGGUCAGUUCGAGCUGAGCGGCGCGCCCCUGGAGACAGUGCACCAGACGUGCGCCGAGGUCAACGGUCAUCUGUACCAGGUGAAGUCCAUCUGCGAGGAGGAGCACGUGGGGUUCCUGGGCCUGGGCUUCAAUCCGAAGCACACUCUGGAGGAGAUCCCCAUCAUGCCCAAGGGUCGCUACACCAUAAUGCGCAACUACAUGCCCAAGGUGGGCUCGCUGGGGCUGGAGAUGAUGUUUCGCACGUGCACGGUGCAGGUCAACCUCGACUUUGACUCCGAGCAGGACAUGGUUGACAAGUUCCGUGUUGGCCUCGCGCUACAGCCAGUGGCUACAGCCUUGUUUGCCAACUCGCCAUUCCUGGAGGGCAAGCCGAAUGGGUACCUCAGCUACCGCAGUCGAGUGUGGGAGGACACUGACAAUGACCGCACAGGGGACCUACCGUUUGUCUUUGAGGACGGCUUUGGUUUUGAGCGCUAUGUGGAGUAUGCAUUGGAUGUGCCAAUGUACUUCGCCUAUCGCGACCAGCGCUACAUCGAUGCCACAGGGCUCUCCUUCCGAGACUUCUUGAACGGCAAGCUACCGGUGCUGCCGGGUGCCUACCCCACUCUCAAUGACUGGGAGAACCAUCUCACCACCAUCUUCCCCGAGGUGCGGCUGAAGCGGUACCUGGAGAUGAGGGGCGCGGACGGCGGGUCAUGGAGGAGAAUAUGCGCCCUGCCCGCCUUCUGGGUGGGGUUGCUGUACGACCGACAGGCGCUGGACGAGUGCAAGGCAAUCAUCUCUGACUGGACGGAGCUUGAGCGCUCUGCCCUGCGCACACAUGUGCCUCGCAUGGCCCUCAAAACGCCCUUCAGGGAGGGGCUGCUGCAACACCUGGCACAGGACCUCGUCAGAAUCAGCAGGGAUGGCUUGCAAAGACGAGGGUACAGGGAAGGCAACUUCCUCAAGGAGCUGGAGAACAUCGCUGCAACAGGUGUGACUCCUGCAGAGCGCAUGUUGGAGGCAUACCAUGGUCGGUGGGGGGAGAGCGUGGACCCCAUCUACAAGGAGCUUAUUUACUAG